CAUUGAGUCAAGUAUCGUUGCACCGUCGCGCACACUUCAAAGCGGUGAGGCGAGAGACGAGAGAUAACACACCGCUGCUCAUCACCUAUUUUUUCAUACAGGCUGUCUACAAAAAAAGAAUACUUAAAACGAGUUAUUCGGAUAUCAUUUCACACAACGUAAGGAUUUAUGUGGGGCACUAAAAAAGUAAAAAUAUUGCGCUAAAUAUAUUGGCGUAUAGAGGAACUAUGAUGGAUCCGGAGCACAUUUACUGACUAUUUUUCUUCUCUUAACAUCUUCUAACUCGACUUUCCGAAUGUCUUCAUGGGACAUUAAAAUGUGUGCUGCAUCUUCAUAAUCGGAAAUUUGGCGAAUUGCUGAUAUGUCAAGGAUAUCAAUUAACCCCCGGAUCGCAUUUAUCCUGGGACUCACGUUCAUGUUCUUACAAGUUGUUUCCCUGGUCCCGGUAGAGUCAGGAGGUGAACCAGGUGUCCGUCGCGAGGAACCGGGAGGAGUCGGUUCUAAGCUCCGGGGGUCCUCGGAGUCCCCGGCGGAGACAGGGGCCAAGUCAAGACCCAAACGCUGCACGUGCUACUCCUACAAGGACAAGGAGUGUGUGUACUACUGUCACUUGGAUAUUAUCUGGAUCAACACUCCUGAGCGCACCGUCCCCUACGGGAUGUCCAGCUACCUCGGGCCCCAGCGGCUGAGGCGCGCGGCCGGCGCAGUGACCCGGGACGAGGGGGAGACGGGGGAGACGGGAGCUGACGGCCGGACGGCUCAGCGCUGCGUUUGUGACGGGCUGAAGUCUGAUCAGCGGUGCCUUGACUUCUGUCACUCAAGCGUGCCGGAGAGGAGCAAGGGCCUCAGGGGCCCGGGCCCAGGAUGACCACCCUAAGGUCGUUUCCUUUGGGGGGGGGGGGACUCGCUCUGCUCCUUGCAUCCCCCCCCCCCCCCCCCUCCUCCCUGCUCCUACCACUCCACCCAGCUAUCCACUUUGGCACUCAGAACAAAAGACUCCCUUCUUACUCCCGGAGGGGAGAGGAAGGCAGCAGCAGACAUUCCUCCUCCCCAUAACUCCCAGGACGAGUUCCGUCAGGCAGCGGGCACUCCGCGGGUUCACCGCACGGCGGAGCCCAGCCCCCCCGGGGCCGUGGGAGUCCUGCUGCCCGGUUCCUCUGAGCGGGGAACCGUCACCUCCGGCUGUGUUCUCAGACAGCGGAGUCGGCUGAAUCACGCUCACGUUGGGGAAACAGCAACAUGUGCAAAAAGGAAUCACAGAACAGUCGGACCGUUGAGGUCUUUGGUCCUGCUUUUAGACCGACGGAGAACCCGAAUCCCAGACCGAUGAAUGCUAACACGCUCUUCCGCUAGCGUUAGCCUAGCGAGGCGGUUUAGGCUAGCGUGAAGAUUUGUGAUUCUGUCGCUGUCUGGUUCUCUGUGGUCGGUAAUCUACUGGGGAAUAAUUAACAACAUAUAUAUCCAACCCUUUGUCAGCUAUCAGUUAUUUGGGACCUUUGAUGUCACGGUUGACUUGUCAACGUGACGAGAGAGAGCGGACAGAGACAGGAAUAUGUACACGACUAGCAACUGGUCCAGGAUGGGGUCCAUGUUUUGUGUUAUGACAACCACUGUUAGCUCAAACAUUUUCAGCUCCCCCUGCCUGAAUUCAAUUAGAAUGUUUAGUUAUAAGUAUCUUAUAGUGUAAUUGUCAAUAUAUAAUCAAUGAUGUUUUAUACUGAGAGUUUAUUUUGCACAUUUUGAUUUAUUUCUUUGUUUUUGCUCUUUCACAUGUGCCCACUAUAAUGCCAAUGAUAUGACAUAAUGGACAUUUGUGUAAACAUAAUAAUAUGCACAUUUUAAAUGAAUAUUUCUCAACACAUACCAUCACAUGUAUCUACAUCGACACAAACAUUGUUUUGUUAUGAACUUUGUAUUAUCCAGAACCAAAAGGUAGUAAAUCCAAAUAAGGGCCACAGUAUUUUAAAUGUAUUUUCUAUAUAAUUUAAAUAAAAUA